AUGGGCACGCGGCCUGCGAGCAAAGACGAUGGCGUGGGUAGUAGCAAAGUCCAAAACCAGGCCUCAAGCUCGAGCUUAAAGUCUUCCGAUACUAGCGCUGGUGGCGCGAAAUCUGCUCCAGCGGAUGUGUCCAAUAAUGGCGCAGUUCUAUUGCAGCGUCUCGACAGCGACGGGAAGGACACUUUACCGCCAAGAAGUUGCAAGUCGGCACAUCGCCGACCCGAGAGUGAGACGGGGCGUGUUGCCAGCGCGCGUUUGGGUGGGCGCUCUCGCGCUGAGACGGACAGUCAAUUGCGAUCGUCACUCCCACCAACACUUUCAACCGACGUUGUUUUAGACCGCCGACUUUUGCACAAGUAUGAGCAAGUGAAUCUCGAGAUCGAGCGUAUUGUGCGCGCGUCGCAGAUGGACAUGCAGUUUACGGGUGCUGGGGACGCAGCGCAGGUGAAGAAUGAGCUACGUCAAGCGAAGAAAAGCUCAGCUCAGAUGAUUCAUGUACAAAAGGAAUUAUUGGACAAAAUGGAAAAACAUGAGCGCGGCGGCUUUCGUCGUGUCUUCACCAUUAAUAAAGCUGCCAAGAUGGCUAAGCUGCGGUCCAAAUUGUGUGAAAAACUUAGCGAGUCGGUGAUUGUAGACGAGGAGCUAUUGCGACUUGAGAGACAGAGCACAGCCAUAUCAGCCACGACAUUAGGAACAAUUACGCGAAACGGCACAGCAAUUGUCAAUGUGAGCAAUGUACAUGGUGUAUCAGGUAACAAUUUUGCUUGUUCUGGCAAUAAUGUCUUUGGCGGACUUGGUGGCUUGGACGACACACGAGACUUCAGUAGUAGUGAAUGCAGCGGACCAAUGCUAAACAUGCGGAUGAGUUCUGGGUGGGAGGAUGCACAAGAGGAACUUGUAAUGCUUGAGCGUGAAAAGGAAGACAUUCUCAACAAUCUGUUUCAGGCUGUUGAUAUGCCGGCUGUGCUGGAUUUACAUGCACGAAUCGCCAGCUUCUCAAGUGAGAUCAAGGCCGUUGCAAGUGUCAAGAAGCAAGCAGACCGAGUGGAGGAAAUGUACCGCAAAGCGUUGCAUUUGCUUCGUGUUGCAUUGGCUGCAGUUGUGUCACCAAAUUACUCGGGAAGUAUUCGCGAGUUUGCAAUGAAUUCGUAUCCACUGGCUGUGGAAGCAGGUCAUCUGAUUGAACAAGCGUGCCAUGUAAUUCAGCCCGAAGCACGGCGUAAAUAUGAAUCAUUUGCAUCUGAAUUAAUACACGUGCGGCCGCCUAAGUUCCCACAGCCUGUGUCGGACUUUGCUCGACGCUCUCGCACACAUUAUGAUCCGCAUAGCGCGCUCUCGAUCGAAGGGAUGCGUAAUUUACACGCAGCGGAGAAUGUUCUCAUUUUGUUGCAGCGAUUGGUGAUACAGAAGCUCGAGGGAAUUGAAAAAUGGCAAUUAAAGUUAUCAAAAGAUCAAGACGCUGCUGAGCGUGCCCAUGCGCAGAUGGAGAUGAAAUUACAGGAGCAGGUUGCUGUACUCGCACGUUCGGUAUCGGUUUGA